GGGAUAGAAAAUGUAACAGUGGAAGAUGUGCUGGCUGAUGUGCAAGUACGUGCCCGAAGAGCAGUACCAGAUGAAGUGAAGCGUGAGCUGCUCCAGUGUAUCCGCUCGUUCCUACAGCAGGAAUCCGGAAUCAGUGAUCUUUAA